AUGAAGAAGGAGAUGGUGCUCGUAGUAAUGCCUCAGAUGUGGUUUGGAUGCAAAUCACAAUCAAGGCUUUGAAUGUGAAUGCACCUGCUAAACCAAUCCGAGUUCCUACUCCUUAUCCGAUCUAUGCACCUUCUUCCUCGAUUUGCCUUAUCACUGCUGAUCCGCAAAGAACAUACAAAGACUUGAUGGUCGAACAAAAGCUUGUACAAGUCAAAAGAGUUGUCGGCGUGACAAAACUCAAAGGGAAGUUUGCUCCGUACGAAGCAAGAAGACAAUUGAUGAACGAUCAUGAUCUCUUUUUGGCCGAUGAUAGAGUCGUUCCAAUGUUACCAAAAUUAUUGGGAAAGAAAUGGAUGAACGAACGUAAAUCUCCUAUUCCCGUCAAACUUACAAAGACAAAAGAUGGUCGAGUUCGUAAAGAAGUGGAAGCUGCUUUGGCUUCUACCUUUUAUCAUCGUAAUAAAGGAACUUGUGCUUCAGUUCGUUUGGGAACCUUGCAACAUCUUACACCUGAGCAAUUGGCAGAGAAUGUAGCUGCUGCAUUACCUCUGAUCGUCAGUAAACACGUCAAGAAUGGAUGGUCCAACGUGCAAAGUAUUGAUAUCAAGACUGGCACCAGUGCUGCAUUGCCAGUUUGG